AUGCUAGAACAAAGUCGUAUGGACGUACGCUUCCAUCUGGAAGGAACGCCGUAUGUUGCCGAAGACACAAUAGGCACCGGCGCAUAUGGGGUCGUUUGUAAAGCAAAACAUUUGCCUUCACAACGAGCCGUGGCUAUCAAGAAAAUUCCCCGCGCUUUUGCAGCGCAUACGCUUGCAAAGCGAUCACUACGUGAAGUACGUAUCCUACGCGAACUACGUCACGAGAAUAUCAUUGCUGUGUUGGAUAUGUUCACUGCUGAAGGCACCCAUGGUCGUGACAUCUACAUGGUAAUGGAUCUCAUGGAAACUGAUCUGCAUCAGAUCAUUCACAGUGAGCAGUAUCGAAAAAUUUGUGCAUUCUAA